AUGCCACCCAUACCUGGGUUCUCAGACAACACGCUGAUUAGCCGCGCAGAUCUAAUCCGCGCAGCGGCAGCAAUAAUAAAACCGCUUCAUGCCUACUUCUCACCAGAGCGGGCACUCAUCCGCCUCCCCGUCUCAACCGGAACCCAUUUCGACGAGCGCGCGGCCCAACUAGAGGGAUUCGCGCGUCCACUAUGGGUUGUAUCUACCUUACUCCAGGCGACGCGAUCACAUUCUAUUCCGGAACAUGAAGCCGAUUUUCAAACUGCGAAUACGGAUGCACAGUCCAUCCGCACGUUAUGCCAGCCCUGGAUCCGAGGCAUAGCAACCGGCACAGACCCCUCACACCCUGAAUACUGGGGCGCAAUUGCGAAUGGCGACCAACGCAUGGUCGAAGCCGAAGUCAUCGCCUGCGCGCUGCUCUUCGCACCGGAUGAUUUCUUCCACAGCCAGAGUGCUCCCGUGCGCGGGAAUAUCACCGCCUGGCUGCGCGGGAUGAAUGGCAAGGACAUGCCGCUGAAUAAUUGGCGGUGGUUUCGGGUAUUUUCGAAUCUAGCCUUGGUUCUCGUAUGUGGGAUGCCCUAUUCUGAGGUGCAGGGAGAGAUGGAGGGGGAUUUUGUGGUUUUGGAUUCGUUUUAUCUGGGAGAGGGCUGGUCUGGGGAUGGGCCGUGGUUGACGGGGGAGCAGGAAGCUGAAGAGGAGAAAAGAUGUAAAACAACUAGGCGUCGGGAUUGGAUUGGAUGCGGACGACAGGUUGAUUAUUAUUCUGGGAGCUUUGCGAUUCAGUUUAGUCAACUGCUGUAUGCGAAGUUUGCGGUGGAUUUGGAUCCGGAGAGGGCGAUGUGGUAUCAGCAGCAGGCGCGCGAUUUUGGGAGGCAGUUUUGGAUGUAUUUCGAUGAUAAUGGUGCUGCUAUUCCGUUCGGUCGAUCGCUCACGUAUCGCUUUGCUUGUGGUGCGUAUUUUGCUGCGCUGGCUGUUGCUGAUGUGCCUGAUAUGCCUGCGCCACUGAACGCAAUUGGAUCUGUCAAAGGCUUCUUGAUGCGUCAUCUUCGGUGGUGGGCAGGGCACUCGCAAGAUAUCUUCUACCCCGAUGGGACGAUAAACAUUGGGUAUCUGUAUCCGAACAUGUACAUGUCCGAAGACUACAACUCGCCACAGUCAGUCUACUGGGCCUUAAAGUCCAUGAUCCCGCUUCUCCUGGCGGAUAGUCACCCAUUCUGGACCGCACCAGAGUGUCCAUAUCCACCCAUCGCCACCGCAGCCCUAAUCGCCCAACCCACCCAAAUCAUCAGCAACCAUCCAGCCGGCUCCCACCAUUUCCUCCUCUUAGCGGGCCAAUUCGUUGCGUGGCCCAUGAAAGCCAGUCAAGCCAAGUACUGCAAAUUCGCAUACUCGUCGUCCUUCGGCUUCAGCGUCCCAACCGGUCCCCUGAUCCAGCAGAUCGCACCGGACAGUACACUCGCGCUGAGUAGGGACGGAGCGGCAACGUGGGCUUUCGGAACGGCCUCUGUAGCUGGUGAAACUGUUCCAGUCGCUCAUGUUGAGUGGCGUCCUUGGGCGGAUGGGGGUAUUGUUGUCACGACGACACUGAUUCCCCCGACGUCGCGUUGGCCGGAUUGGCAUACCAGGGUUCAUCGGAUUAGACUAGAAAGACAUUCGAAGCUAGGAUCUCUUCACUUUGUCGAGGGCGGGUUUGCCAUUUCCCGGGCCCUGCAGGAGGAUAGCAAGAAUAGAGUCCUGGCGGUAUUUCCAGAGGAUGCUGACUUGCCAGAUCUCGAGAUUGGCACCAGCGAAGGGAUCUACGCAUCUGAUACAAAGGCACUUGUGCUCUCGCAUGCUGGAGCUAGUGGUAUAGUGGGAACAGCUCAUCGUGAAGGCGGUAGUGUCUCAAUCGAGCACGACGCGAUGAAGCCUGAUUCGAAUACCAAUAUCAUGGCUCAGCGGACAUUGAUCCCUGUUACGAAGGGCGAAGCGCUUGAUAUCUCGGCGAGUGAAGAUAUUUUUCUUGUGACAAACGUGUUUGCAGUUUCGGCCGUGAGUUCGAAGAGAGGGAAGCGGAAUUUGCGCGAGAUAUGGUUCGAUAUGCCUAGGAUAUGUUGGAAAGGAGGAAAGCGGGAGGAGACUGAGGACGCGAUUAUUGUCAACCUGCCUAUAUAG